AUACUUACACUAAAUAUAUCCCCACACAGAUUGAGUUGAGUGCAACAAUUCAAACACAAACACUGUAAUGACAUGACAUGGGAUGGUGCCAAGAGUGGGUGAAAGUUGAGUUGGGGUUAGUCAAGAAAGGUAGAGGGGGUACUAGGGAGGGAGGGAGACUGAUAUGGGAGAAAGUACAUUAACAGAUGGAUUUAGAGGGAUUACAUGGAUUUGGGAUGGGUCUGUGACACAAAUUCCCAAGAAAGACAGAAAAAGGAGGCGUGUGGCGGGGGACUCACACUCGUCCUGGAGCAUGAGAGAGAGUGGGAAAGGAGGAUAAAGAGAGAGAGGAGCAUCCGGCUGGAGAGGUAAGGGUCACAACUGCUCAUUCUGACAAAGGGGUAUUAGAGAGAGGAGUAGUGCAGAGUACUUGGGUUAAACCAGGGAUGACAAAAAUACCAAAAAAUGUGUGCAAAGAUAUUGCUUGGUCAACAUAAAUGUCUCAGCAUAUCGGAGAGGACUGAGGAAAAAUACAAAGAGGAUAGGAAGGAAAGAUUGUGAUGGAGGAAAAUAAAUGUCAGCAAAAGACAGCAGUAGAAAGAUUGCAUUGUAGUGAUGGAUGUUGUCUCCAGAGAAAAAUAGACUUCUGUUUCUUUUGUAGUGAGGCAACGAUGCAGUUUCGAUUUGGUGCCAAAUUUCAGGCUAAGAAUUAGUAGUUCCUAGAACUGAAUAAGCUGUUAAGAGUUUGGCAUGUAGAAAAGAAUGAUGUACUUCCUCAUGUGCUCUGUAUGGUUGUUUAUAUAUCUUGUACUGUCCGUUAAAAAAAUAUAUAAAUAUUGCAACUGAAAUGACUGAAAGAGAAUGUUGCUGUUGGUAACUGAGGAUUAUAGGGAAAAUCACAUUUUAUUGGUCGUAUACACAUAUUUAGCAGAUGUUAUUGUGGGUGUAGCGAAAUGCAGGUAUAAUGAAAUGGCACUGGGUUUUUAACAUACAGUAGGUCAUUUUGUGUUUAACAUUAGUUGAUUCAUUGCCCAUUUGUUAUGCCAAUGGAUUUCAGUUUAUUGACUGCUACAGAAUGUGUUGGGUAUUAAACUUGAAUAUAAUGGCCUAUGUAAACAAUACCUGCAAAUCUGAAACGUUUUUCACCGUACAUAGCCGUGGGAAGUAGUUUGGGGGUGUGGGUUUUUGCCCGCGUUACAUAUCGGUCCGCUAAUACAGAACUAGUAAAACUAGUACUAUUUUAUUAAACUUUGUUUUUGAUUCUGAUUUUUCAGGGGUCCUGCAGCACACUCCACACCCAUACUUCCCACUGAGACUGACUUGAAGAUUCUAGUGAUAUUACAGUGAUCGGCAGUCAUACUAACUGGUUAAUCUAUCCUGUGUUAACAUUGCAGGGAUCGCAAACAGUGUGAGAGAGAGACCAGGAGAGAGAGCCAGAGUGGGUUUCACACUCUUAACACACCUAACACAAACAGAUUCGAGCAGAUUAACAUGGAUUACCAGAAAAAUGAUUUAGAUCAGAGGCUUAACUAAUGAUUUCAUCAAAAAAAGUAAUCUGUACAUUUUAUUCCCUCCAUAUUUUUCCUCCUCUACUUUAAGUCGUGAGGAGGAUGCCGUGAGCGGUAGAGGCAGGCCAGAACCUCUUAAUCGGGAAGUAGAAAGUUAAUAACGGGGUGCAGGUCACAGAACGGUAUGGGUUACUCCAUAACCGUAUGCAAACACACAGUGAACUCUUGGACCUGUACGACCCGUCACCCUGAGCAUUACUAUGAGUAAGAUAUACUGUAUCUGCCCUAAGAUGUAAACUCUUGGACCUGUACGACCCGUCACCCUGAGCAUUACUAUGAGUAAGAUAUACUGUAUCUGUCCUAAGAUGUGAACUCUUGGACCUGUACGACCCGUCACCCUGAGCAUUACUAUGAGUAAGAUAUACUGUAUCUGCCCUAAGAUGUGAACUCUUGGACCUGUACGACCCGUCACCCUGAGCAUUACUAUGAGUAAGAUAUACUGUAUCUGCCCUAAGAUGUGAACUCUUGGACCUGUACGACCCGUCACCCUGAGCAUUACUAUGAGUAAGAUAUACUGCAUCUGCCCUAAGAUGUGAACUCUUGGACCUGUACGAACCGUCACCCUGAGCAUUACUAUGAGUAAGAUAUACUGUAUCUGCCCUAAGAUGUGAACUCUUGGACCUGUACGACCCGUCACCCUGAGCAUUACUAUGAGUAAGAUAUACUGUAUCUGCCCUAAGAUGUGAACUCUUGGACCUGUACGACCCGUCACCCUGAGCAUUACUCUGAGUAAGAUAUACUGUAUCUGCCCUAAGAUGUGAACUCUUGGACCUGUACGACCCGUCACCCUGAGCAUUACUAUGAGUAAGAUAUACUGUAUCUGCCCUAAGAUGUGAUCAUAUGGAAAACAUUUGUACACCGAAGCAAAAUGUAUUCCAAUAAUAUCUCUACAUUUGAUGAUACGUUUUACGGCUGGAUCUGAUAGUACUGUAUCAAGUCUGUAUGAUCAAAACUCACUGUAGGACUAGAGUGAAAAGUUAGGCGACAGAGAUCUAGAUAGCAUAUCCGAUAGCUCUCUAAGGUUUAUGAUGAAAGGCGGCUAGGAGCUAGUGAUCUAUUGACUCCCAUUACUGUUGAAUGGUUAGAGUGAAGAGCCCUAGGGAUCUAUAACAGCAGAAACCUUCAGUCCUGGUUGGACAGACAUGUCCUCCUCCCAUCCCUUUCUUUUCUCCUGGUGUGACCCCUCUCCUUUGUUCAUUUGUCCAUUCUGUCCACCUCUUAUUUUCCAUCCCUCUUUUAACUUGACAGAAUCUUAUGGGACUCUCUCUUUCCCCUUCUCUCUCUAUUCUUGCUUUCCCUUUGUCCCCAUUUUCUCAUCUGUUCUCUACAUUGUUUUUAUCUUCUCUUGUGUUUUUACUCUGUUCUUUCUUUUUGAAACUCUCUUUCACUGAUUUCAAUCUAUCACCUUCAUCAUCCUCUACAUCACCAACAACAACUUCAUGCUCACAUACUGCUGUUGAUACUUAUAUCCCAUCUUCCUCCCUUUGUCCAUCUGUCUUUCAUCAUCCUCUUCUUCUCCUUCCCCUGCCCUGAGUCUCUACACACUUCUUCUUCUCCCGCCCUAUCCCUCCUUCUCGACCUUCUCUUACCCUCUCCCCUCCUCCCUGUGUGGCCAUGUUGGAGAACAUGUCUCGUCGGUCCCGCUCCCUGCUGUCCCUGACCCUGACCACUCUGGCUCUGGCCCUGUCCAUCCUGGCUCUCUGCACCUCCUACUGGUGUGAAGGGACUCACAAGGUGGUCAAGCCUCUCUGCCUGUCUCCGGUCAAGAUGAGGAACUGUGGGCAGAACAACAGUGAACCCUACACCACAGAGAGCCCAACUCAGAACCCAUACAACAGAACCCUGUCCCCCCAGAGGAGAGAUGAACUGGCUAAGAUCCGCCAGAGACAGCUGGACAAUGCUGUCCACUACAUCUGGGAGACAGGAGAGGACAAGUACACCUUCAGAUACUUCCACACUGGCUUCUGGGAGAGCUGUGAGAAACACGUUGAUGGUGAGAAGUGUCGCAGCUUUAUUGAGCUGACUCCUGGUGAAACACAAGGUGUGUUAUGGCUAUCGGUGAUAUCUGAGUUCACUUACAUCGGUCUAUUGGGAAUGGGCUUUCUGUUGAUGUGGCUGGAGUUGUUGUGUUCCCAUAAGGAGAUACACGCUCUCAAAAUCAACGCCUAUGCUGCCAUCUGCACCGUACUGUCAGGUUUGAUGGGGAUGGUGGCCCACAUGAUGUACACCACAGUGUUCCAGAUGACUGUCAUCGUUGGCCCUAAAGACUGGAGGCCUCAGACCUGGGACUACGGCUGGUCAUUCGCCCUGGCGUGGAUCUCCUUCAGCUGUUGCAUGGGAGCUGCAGUCUUCACCCUCAACUCUUACACCAAGACCAUCAUCGAGCUGCGCCACAAACAGAGGCUCCGAUUGGAGGAGGCCCGCGCCGCCAGCCACGCCCCUCCCUACAAUGAGGUGGUCCCCGGGAGCGGGCUCUACUCUGUCAGCGGCCUAUUGCAGUGCCCAGACGGGAUGAUUGACGUGGCGUGGGCGCCUGAUGGGACUGUGAUCGGGGUGGGGAACGGGGAUGUACCAACUCUAGUGUUGCUAGGAGGGUGUGGGCCAGAGGGCUGUGAGGACUGUGAGAGAGAGAUGGAUGAGAUGGAGGAGGCCAUGGAGAGGGAAAGAGCUUAUUCGCCCUGUUAAUAAGUGAUGGGUGGCGCUAAAGAGAACAGAGGAGGACUAUGGGUAAUGUAGUCACUUUACAGGUACUGUAUAUGCACCUUGAGCUCUCAAGAUGGAAAGAGUAAGACAGCGUGAGACAGAGAAAGAGUGAGACAGAGAGACCGAGACCGAGAAAGGGUGAGAAAGAGAAAGAGUGAGACUAAGAAAGUGGGAGAGGAAUAGUUAUGACAUGAGAGAUAAGGAAUGCUGAUAUACUUCUCUUGCACUGCUUGUGGGGCAGAAGCAGAACUUGAUUGACAUGGGACACGGGAACUGUGUUGGCUGUAAGAGCUACAGUAUCCCCUCUUUGACAUUGAACAGAGAUCACCUUGACAUACAUGGUUCGGGCUAACGCUCCUCACAUUGUCAUUCAUUAAUACAAUAGUGCCUAAUGGUAAGGGAUUGUUAUACAGUACAUGUACACUACCGUUCAAAAGUUUGGGGUCACUUAGAAAUGUCCUUGUUUUUGAAAGUAAAGGAAUUUUUUGGUCCAUUAAAAUAACAUAAAAUUGAUCAGAAAUACAGUGUGUAGACAUUGUUAAUGUUGUAAAUGACUAUUGUAGCUGGAAACGGCAGAUUUUUUUAUGGAAUAUCUACAUAGAUGUACAGAGGCCCAUUAUCAGCAACCAUCACUCCUGUGUUCCAAUGGCACGUUGUGUUAGCUAAUCCAAGUUUAUCAUUUUAAAAGGCUAAUUGAUCAUUAGAAACGCCUUUUGCAAUUAUGUUAGCACAGCUGAAAACUGUUGUUCUGAUUAAAGAAGCAAUAAAACUGUCCUUCUUUAGACUAGCUGAGUAUUUGGAGCAACAGCAUUUGUGGGUUCGAUUACAGGCUCAAAAUGGCCAGAAACAAAGAACUUUCUUCUGAAACUCGUCAGUCUAUUCUUGUUCUGAAAAAUGAAGACUAUUCCAUGUGAAAAAUUGCCAAGAAACUGAAGAUCUCGUACAACGCUGUGUUCUAGUCCCUUCACAGAACAGGGCAAACUGUCUCUAACCAGAAUAGAAAGAGGAGUGGGAGGCCCCGGUGCACAACUGAGCAAGAGGACAAGUACAUUAGAGUGUCUAGUUUGAGAAACAGACACCUCACAAGUCCUCAACUGGCAGCUUCAUUAAAUAGUACCUGCAAAACACCAGUCUCAACGUCAACAGUGAAGAGGCGACUCCGGGAUGCUGGCCUUCUAGGCAGAGUUGCAAAGAAAAAGCCAUAUCUCAGACUGGCCAAUAAAAAGAAAAGAUUAAGAUGGGCAAAAGAACACAGACACUGGACAGAGGAACUCUGCCUAGAAGGCCAGCAUCCCGGAGUCGCCUCUUCACUGUUGACAUUGAGACUCGUGUUUUGCGGGUACUAUUUAAUGAAGUUUCCAGCUACAAUAGUAAUUUAUAACAUUAACAAUGUCUACACUGUAUUUCUGAUAAAUUGUAUGUUAUUUUAAUGGACAAAAAAUGUGCUUUUCUUUCAAAAACAAGGACAUUUCUAAGUCACCCCAAACUUUUGAAGAGAAGCGUACGUAAAUGUAUCCAUGUUAGAAAUAGUUUUACCAUAAGUAUCCAAUACUUUCUGACCUUUGUAAAUCAUGCUUUUCACUUCGUCUGAAUGGGUCCCAUUCUGAAUCUGUAAAAUAAACAAUAAUCUCUGUGUCAA